UACCCAAAAAGGUCUUUCCCCAACAUGUUGUGAAGCCAGAACUUUAAAAACGCCACUCGUGUUUAAGCGUUACAUUGUUGCUAGUUAAUGUUAUGACAGAUGGUGCUUUACAACAAGUGGCUCCGCUGAAACUGAUGGCCCUCUCUUCAUUUUGGGAGCAUGCUGCAUAAAACCGCCUAAAAUGAGCUCCGAGGUCUGUCCAUUCUGUGGAAAAACUUACAAAAGGUUGAAGAGUCACCUUCCACACUGCAAGGCAGCAGCGAGCUCUAAAGCACCUUCAACCACACAGGAUGUUGCAGCCACUCAGAAACCUGCUUCCCAUCCGGCUGCAGCGGUUUUCAAAACAACCUCAAAGGGAAAGAAGAGCGAGCAAAUGUCCUCCGUGGCAACGUAUCUACCAUCAGAGAGGAGCAAAAAAGGUUCAGUGGCAACAUUAAAACCAGUGCACGUAGCAACACCAGAUGACUUAUCUUCAUCAUCAAGUAUUGCAUCAAACUCAUCAACCUUGAAGAAGAAGAAGAAACAGUCCCUGGGUGAUCAAAUCAUUACAACAGCCCCGUCUACCUCCCCACCUUCUCCACUAUCCUCUACUUUGUCCAAGCCAAAGAAGAAGAGUCUCCGUGCUUUGAUAGAAGCAGCAAAAUCUGAACAUAUUGCAAAGGAAACUCUAAAGGGAGCCAGGUCAGCCUCAAAAGAUUUAAGUCUGAGUAGAACCAGCAACCAAACAGAGACCAAAGCAGUUCCAGACUCAUUUAAAGACACCAGUGUUGCUUCAGUGCUUGCAGAAACUAAAGCCAACAAAGAACCAAAGGUGAAGGAUGUUCUUUUGACAACCAAAUAUACCGCUGACUUCCUGGACUCUAAUGUGAAUAAAAAUAAUAUCAAGCACCCUGAUUGGGGGACUGAGAGGUCUGUGGAGCCAGGAAGUGGUCACCAAAUGAGAGUUACCCUGCAAGAUGUUAAAGCCACACUAGGCAGAGCUGCCAGCCACCGGCUGUCCAGCCAGCCGACCAUCCUGAGCCGCAUCGCAGCAGCUGACAGCCUGAACAGCGAAAUCAGGCUGGACACUGAUCUCGGUCUGGUCCGGCUUUCAGCGGUGAACCAAAAACACCCUGUAAACUAUUUGGCAACACCCACAACUCAGUCAGAUAAGCAGCUCGGCAAUAGAAAACAACCGAAAGAGCUGCAACUGUUUCAGAAAAACUCUAAACCAACUCAACAAGAUACUGAUCGUCAGCCAGCUUCAGCAUGUGCAAACGUACAGCUUGGUACAAGUUCCUCCAUCUUAAAUGAGAGCCUGAAGGUGGACCCUCACAGAGGACUACUCUCAGUAUUUGCAUCCCCCCACCUGCUCUCCGGCCACCAUCUCCAUCCUGCUGAAACACAGAGUUUGCCUGGGAUGGCUGAAGAUUUCCAGCUCCUCACCGGGAAGAAAAACGUUGCUGAAAAGCCAACUGAAGGAUUGCUGACACAACGAAGUUUGGACCAAGUGAGACUGAGGGAGCUGCCCGAUUGGCUGGCCAGCAAAACACCCAGUCGGCCCAGAGAUGUUGUAAAAAUGGUGGAGAGAGGCUGGUUGUGGUAUUACAGACGGUACAUUGAUGUAAAGAAAGGCAGCGUCGGUGGACUGAGCAUGCUGCUGGCAGGUUACUGUGUGCUCAGCUACAUCUGGAGUUACCCCCAUAUAAAGUUAAGUCGUUGGAGGAAAUAUCAUUAACGCGAAACAAAGGAUUUAAGACAAUCGUGACUGUAGGGAAAAGCAGGAAGUAUACACCUGAGUCUCGCCAACUAUGAAUUUGACUGGAUUUAUAUUUAACUUGUGACUGAUGUAAGAAGAGAUUAUUCAUUUCAGCUACAUAUGCAUUUACUUUUAGUUCAACAGACUCCUACUGAUCAGACAACAUAAGGCAGCUGCUUGUGAAUGUAGCUUAAAUGAAGUAGGGAGUGCAAAGAAAGCAAAUACAUUUGCCAUCUAUACUUUCUGGCUGAAGGCAAUGAAGGCAUUUUUUUGAUAUGUUUUUAUUAAUAUUUUAUGUAACUGAGAAAGUUAAAUAAAACCACUUUAAAACGAUGAGCUGGCCUGGCAUACCUGUAAAGUCUACAGUGAAAGGAAUCUGUACAAAACUUGAAAACAUUUUUUUUUUACAAACACAAUAUAUGUAAUAAAUCCAAGGAAAAUUCCUAAAGCAAUUUGAAUAUCUAAAAAUAAUUUUCUUAAAAGUCAUUUUGAUGUGAUUGAGACAGUUCACUUUUUGAGAUAACGGGGUGAAUUAGUUCUUGUGUUACAUCAAGUUUCACCCAAUCAUUUUAAAGACACUGAAGCAUUUGAAAUAAAUAUAUUAAUAACGUAUCUAAAUUGUUCAAACUUUGCCAUGUGAAAUAAUUAUGUAAUUUUACUGUUAUGGAAAAACAUAAGAAUGAUGUAUCAGUUUUUUAAAUAAUUGUAAACCAAGAAAAUAAUUUUGAAAUCUUUAUUUCCAAAAUACUUCCUUGUGUUAAGAAAUCAAGUUUAAGAUCUUGUUAUCUUUAUACUAAAAUAAGAAAAAUAUAAGCAUAACCUGAAGGCUAUCAAAGCAACCUGUGUUUCCAUUACAUUUCAGCAAAUGGGAGAACAAAUCAAGGAGUAUGCAUACUUUCUAGUAGGCCAGCAGAAGGACUUCUGUACUUACAAUAUUAGCAUGUGACAAAACUAGCUGCAGUUUUGUGACGGUUGAGUGCUUGAAAUUUUGUGGGACUUUUUAUGCUCACAGUCCACUAAUGUUAACUGCUACGCUAUGGUACUUUGAUAGAUAUGGCUUCAAAAUCACAAGAUAUUUUAAAACUGUGAAAGUUUUAAGCAGUAAAUAUGUAGAAAACCUGAAAUGUGAAUCUAUUUAUUUAUUUUUUUUAUCUAAGUGUGACUAUUGUAAAUAUUAUCCUGCCUCAUGUCAAUAAGAAAAGUGUCCAGAAACGAUUUAUUUUCGACAAUUGUGCCUGUGGAACAUACUGUUCUCCACCAGAUGUCACUGUUGAGUUGUUACUAAAACCAAACAGCUCAAGUGUCAUGAGGCAGGGUUUUUCCUCACUCUUUUGUGCAAAUGCAUGAUCAGAUGAAAUGCAACCAAUAGAUUUAGACUCAAUAAAGACUAACAUAUACCCCAAACAUGCUGACCCAGUAGUACAUGAACAGAUUCUAUUUAAAUGUCAAAUACAUUUUCUUGCUUUUAACACUUCCCUUGCCACAUGGUGUGAUUAUGCAUGCUCAGUCCAUCAGUACCAGCCUGCAAACUCUCACAGAAUAGCAAUGGCGGGGGGGGGAAACAGAAGAGGCUUCUCAGUCAGACUGGAUCUGCUUUUGUUGUGUUCAAAAUGAAUUUAUUGUUGAGUCUCCUCGCCGCUGUAGUGAACACACGUUAGCUACAAAUGAGGCAAUGACAGCCUUUUUUAUAUUUAUAUAUAUAUAACUACGUUUCCUGACGUCUGGCCUCCCAGCCAACACAAUAAAAAAAAUAAUUUUCAGUCUUGUGUUUUCUUGUUUUCAUGAAACAAAAUUUGUUUGUUUUUUAUCCAUACAAAAUUAUAAAUAUUUUAUGUUUAACUUUUUUUUUGUACAAAAGCAAAUACAAAUCAAGUGAGAUAAACCAACAGCAAGAAAUAGAUGAAAAAACAAACAAGAAACUGCAGUAAAGGAAUGAAGGAAGAGAGAGAGAGCACAGUAUGUUCCCACAAGAGCCCGUGACAUGCAUCCAGAUAUCGAUGUUUCACCAGCGUUUGCUGCUCUGUCAAAGCACAACGUUACUAUAGACGUAUGUGAUGUAGAGGCACAAAAUCUCUCCUGCUGUCAAAUCGAAAGUUUUCUCCGUGAGGUUGCUGUUAGAAGAUGUCCGCAAGGGUUCAGGCAGAUACAAGUAGGCUGCGAUGGUCACUGGCACUCAAAAGGAGAAAAAAAAUAAAUAAAAAUCCCCAUCACCCUGCUGAAAAGGCCUUUUAAGUCUGCUCCAGGAGGACAGCAAGCGUAUUUGUAAAAACAGGGGGAUCAAAAGCAGUGCUGUCCAGAAUCAUUAACCUUUGGUCGUGAAAGCAGUCUCAGUGCAGGUUUGUUUUUAAAAAGGUAAUU